AUGGAAAACAUGAUGAAGUUGGGUCCCAAAGAAAUGAAAGGAUCUAUUUGGGACGACCGUGGCAAGUCUAAAAUCGACCGAAUUCUAAUUUCAUAUGAAAACUAUGGUGUCUAUUCGAUCCAGUUUGUAUACGUUGUAGAUGGGAAAUUGAUUCCUUCGGAAAUCCAUGGAAAACCAAGUGGUUUAUAUUUUGAUAUCUUGUUACUUUCCGGAAUUGGAAAAUGCAGAUUGGUAUCGAUUACAUUUGGCACCAACGUACGUAAGUAUGGACCCUUUGGAAGGGUCGGAUAUGAUGGUGUUUACAGUUCCCAUGUACCAUUACCAUUUGCAUAUAAUUUCGGACCAAAUUGUUCGUUUGGGGGAUUUCAUGGAAGUGAUGACAACUCGUGGCUUUACACCAUUGGGAUCUAUGUUAGGGCCACUGGAUCGGUUGCUGAAUCUGAAGCCGAUAUUGGCAAGAUAAAAAGUGAAGAAGAUGAUCAAAGUUGA